CUUUACUUCCCCAACUCGAAGUCAGGUACCCAUUAUGUCCGAACGGAGGCUCGAACCCGGACUAACCGCUUCGCCACUGCACUCUCCGGGUAUUAUGUAAUGCCUCAAAAGAAGUUAUUUUUAAGAAACGAGAAAGGGGAGGAGGGUUUCUUUUACAAAGAAUUUAUUACUGAUAGCAAUGUGUGAUUGUAUUAUUUCUGAUGUCUAUAGCUGCUCGUGAAAAGAAAAACGGCAAGGAUAUAAAGAAAAUGGGUGUGAUAACAUACUUUGCACACACUUUCGGACUAAGGAAUAAGCUAGUUUCUUAGUUUUUUUAAAAAAGAAAAGAAAAACGGAUGGAGAAACUCAACAAAGUGACGACCUCAUGCAUAUUUCGUCUCCAUCUGAACCUGUUGGUCUUAGUGGAACACGCCAGGGAAAAUGUGACUUUUGUCUGAGAGAUAAUGGCCUGACGUCAUGAAUGAGGUCAAGGUCAACUCUUCUUUGUUCGCCCUUCGUUGUAUCACCUGCUGUGUGGAUUUCUUACCCUUGGAUAUGAUAUGAUAUGAUAUGAUAUGAGAUGAUGUGAUGCGAUGUGAUAUGAUGUGAUAUGAGAUGAGAUCUACGCUGUGAUCGUUGAGCUUUGUCGUGCCCAGUCAGUGAGGAAUGCCUUCACUGAGUUCUCCGGUCACCGAGUGAGAAAUCCAUACCCUUCAAAAGUGGGCGGGUCUUUCAGCAACGUCACCAUUGGCUGCUGCGAAGGGCGUGUCGCUGCCGACAUGGGGUGCACGCCCAGCAUCCACGUGAGCCAGACAGGCGUCAUGUACUGCCGGGAGUCCGAGGAGUCCAACUCGCCCCGCCCCUCCACGCUAGUCCCCGCCUACAACGCCAGUCACACCACCGUGGCAGCUGCCUCGUCUUCCUGCGGCGCGAUGGUCGUGAGUCACAGCGAGGCCAAACUAGGUCGGGGGGCGGAGACUACGGUGGUGGGGGGAGGGGCUGCUGCUGCUGGCGCCUCCUCCUCCUCCCUGACGUCAUCGGUGGGCGGGGCUUCCUCGUCUCGCAACUCCCACAAGAAGAAGUCCGCGUCGUGGGGCGGGGACAAGGGUGGUGGUGGGGAGAAGGAGAAGGUGAGGAGUAGCGGGGACGUGCAGGGAGCGCUCACCACGGGCUCCACGGAGGCAGAGACACAGACCAGUCGGCAGAGCAUGAAG